GCCGAGCGUUACAAGUAAGCCGACAGUAGAGUUAGACAAACGACAUGUGAUAUGGUCUUGAUGAUUGUUUUGAUCACGUUUGGCAACCAGGCCUUCAAACAUUUUAUACAACUAAGGAAUAUUGAAAGUCUUGAGGGGAGAUGACUUCAAAGCACAAAGUGAGGUUUGAAAAUCAGUCGCUGAAAUAAAUUAAAACCACACUUGUGUAAGACAACAACAAAGGAGAAAGCUCCUCAGUAUGUCUGCAUCUAGUGAGAGCAACCAAGAUGAUAAGGAAAUCAAUGAGCCAGGAAUGUUUGCAUCUAGUGAGAGCAACUGGGAUGUUAAGGAAAUUAAUGAGUCACGAAUGUGUGUAUCUGGUGACAGCAACCAUGAUGAUAAGGAAAUCAAUGAGUCAGGAAUGUUUGCAUCUGGUGAGAGCAACAAUGAUGAUAAAGGAAAUCAAUGAGUCACGAAUGUGUGUAUCUGGUGACAGCAACCAGGAUGAUAAAGAAAUCAAUGAGCCAGGAAUGUUUGCAUCUAGUGAGAGCAACUGGGAUGUUAAGGAAAUUAAUGAGUCAGGAAUGGUUGCAUCUGGCGAGAGCAACCAAGAUGUUAAGGAAAUCAAUGAGUCAGGAAUUGGACAGACUUUCAGCUGCGACAUUUGCGGUAAAACAUUUUCCUACAUAUGUAACCUACGGGUACAUUCACGGAUUCAUACAGGAGAGAAGCCAUAUCAGUGUUCUGUGUGUGAUAAGACGUUUGCACGUUUGGAGCAGCUACAGAGACAUAUAUUGACACAUACAGAACAAAAACACAAGUGUGAUGUCUGUGGUAAGGAUUUUAAUCAGCUAGAAUACCUACAGAAGCAUUUGAUUAUGCAUCAAGAAAAGACGUACAAGUGUGAUGUCUGUAAUAAAAAGUUGAGAACAGAACAAAACUUAAUAAAUCACCAAAAGACACACACAGAAGAGAAGCAACUCAGGUGUGAGUUUUGUGAUAAGAUAUUUUUUAAAAUGAGUGUCUUUCAGAUACAUAUCCGGAAACACACAGGAGAGAAGCCAUACACGUGUAAUGUCUGUGGUAAGGCGUUUGUACAGUUAGGAAACUUCAAAAAACAUAUGAGAGUGCAUACAGGAAAGCCACACAAUUGUGAUGUGUGUGGUAAGGGAUUUUCAAGUUUGGGGAAGCUGCAAAAACAUUCCAUCGGGCAUACGAAAAGGACACACGCGUGUGAUGUCUGUGGUAAAGAGUUUACACAGAUGAUUAAGCUCCAGAGACAUGCCAUGUUGCAUAUAGAAAAGACGCACAAGUGUGAUAUCUGUGGUAAAAAAUUUAGAACAGCAGAAAACUUAAGUAAUCACCAAAGAACACAUACAUGCGAGAAACAACACAGAUGUGAGGUUUGCGGUAAGACUUUUUCUAAAUUAUUCAACCUAAGGGUACAUUUCUUACGACAUACAAGGGAGAAGCCACACAAGUGUGAUGUAUGUGGUAAAGCGUUUGCACGGCUGGGAAACCUAGAGAAACAUAUCAGCGUACAUACAAGAAAGUCACACAAGUGUGAUGUCUGUGGUAAGGGGUUUUCAAAGCUUGGAAACCUCGAGAAACAUAUGAACGUGCAUACAAGAAAGUCACACAAGUGUGAUGUCUGUGGCAAGGGGUUUUCACAGCUUGGAAACCUCGAGAAACAUAUGAACGUGCAUACAAGAAAGUCACACAAGUGUGAUGUCUGUGGAAAGGGGUUUUCAAAGCUGGGAAUGUUGCAGAAACAUACUAACAGCCAUACAGAAAAGAACACUCGUGUUUUGUUUAGUGAGGCUAUUAGUCUAGUGGAAAAGCUAUAUAUAGAUGUUAAAAAUCAUUCAGAAAAUAAACCUACCUCUGACAUUGAUAACCAGAGUGAUAUUGGUACCGAGAAAAUCAGCCAUUCUGGAAAUAUACUGACACAAACACAACAGAAGCCUUUUAUGUGUAACAUUUGCGGUAAAGGGUUAAAUACGUUAUGUAGCCUUAAAUACCAUAUGAAGGCACAUAGUGGAGAGAAGGACUUUAGAUGUGAUCACUGUGAUGAGGCAUUUAGCCAUAGAUACCUGCUGAAAAUUCACAUCAUUAAGAAACAUACUAAAGAGAAAACACACAUGUGCUACAUCUGUGGUGAAACGUUUUUUCUGAAAUAUGAUCUAACGCGUCACCUCAGGGUCAAACAUGCUGUAGGAAAGACGUACAGGUGCGACAUUUGUAAAAGGGGGUUUUCUAGAGAAGAAAGCUUACAGCUGCAUCGGAAGACACAUACAAGAGAACAUCCUUACCAGUGUGAUAUCUGUGGUAAGAAAUGCUCUUCGUCAGGUUACCUGAAGGAUCACCUGAGGACGCAUCAAGAAGAAAAGGCUUACAAUUCUGAUGUGGGGGAGCCACACAAGUGUGAUGUUUGUGGUAAGACAUUUUUAUACAUUGCAAGCCUAAGGAUCCACUCUCGGAUUCAUACAGAAGAGAAGACGCAUGAAUGUAAGGUGUGUGGUAAGAAGUUUGGAUGUUUGAUUCAUCUACAGAGACAUGGUGUCAUUCAUACAGAUAAAACACACAAGUGUGAUAUCUGUGGCAAGAUUUUUAAACGCCUACAGAAACAUCUAAUAACUCAUCAAGAAAAGGCGUACAAAUGUGAUGUCUGUAAAAAGAAGUUUAGAACAGCUCAAAAUUUAAGUGAUCAUCAAAAGAUACAUUCAGAAGAGAAUCAACUGAGGUGUGAUGUUUGUAGUAAGACAUUUUUUAACAUGGGUGCCCUUCAGAAUCACACCCGGAUACAUACAGGAGAGAGGCCUCACAGGUGUAAUGUCUGUGGUAAGGUAUUUGCACAGUUGGGAAAUCUCAAAAAACACAUGAAAGUGCAUACAGAAAAGUCACACAAUUGUGAUGUGUGUGGUAAGGCGUUUAGGCUGUUGAGUCGGCUACAUAGACAUGCUAGAAUCCACACCGAAAGUACUCGCGUCUUUAUCGCGAACAUCAAAAGUGAAAAGAGUACCGAGAAAUUAAGUCAAAACAUACCGACACAAGCACAACAGAAGCCUUUCAUGUGUGAAAUUUGUGGUAAAGGGUUAAAUACGAGACAAAGUUUAAAUACUCACUUGAAGGCACAUAGUGGUGAAAUGGACUUUGAAUGUGAUCACUGUGACGAGGCAUUUAGCCAGGGAUACCAGCUGAACAAUCACAUCAUUCGGAUACAUACGAAAGAGGAAAAACACAUAUGCUACAUCUGUGGUCAAAUGUAUUUUCUGAAAUAUGAUCUAACGCGUCACCUCAGGGUCAAACAUGCUGUAGGAAAGACGUACAGGUGCGACAUUUGUAAAAUGGGGUUUUCUAGAGAAGAAAGCUUACAGCUGCAUCGGAAGACACAUACAAGAGAACAUCCUUACCAGUGUGAUAUCUGUGGUAAGAAAUGCUCUUCGUCAGGUCACCUGAAGGAUCACCUGAGGACGCAUCAAGAAGAGAAGGCUUACAAUUCUGAUGUGGGGGAGCCACACAAGUGUGAUGUUUGUGGUAAGACAUUUUCAUACAUUGCAAGCCUAAGGAUCCACUCUCGGAUUCAUACAGAAGAGAAGACGCAUGAAUGUAAGGUGUGUGGUAAGAAGUUUGGAUGUUUGAUUCAUCUACAGAGACAUGGUAUCAUUCAUACAGAUAAAACACACAAGUGUGAUGUCUGUGGCAAGAUGUUUAAACUGCUACAACACCUACAGAAACAUCUAAUAAUUCAUCAAGAAAAGGCGUACAAAUGUGAUGUCUGUAAAAAUAGAUUUAGAACAGCUAAAAAUUUAAGUGAUCAUCAAAAGACACAUACAGAAGAGAAUCAACUGAGGUGUGAUGUUUGUGGAAAGACAUUUUUUAACAUGAGUGCCCUUCAGAUGCACACCCGGAUACAUACAGGAGAGAGGCCACACAGGUGUAAUGUCUGUGGUAAGGUAUUUGCACAGUUGGGAAAUCUCAAAAAGCAUAUGAAAGUGCAUACAGAAAAGUCAUACAAUUGUGAUGUGUGUGGUAAAACGUUUAGGCUGUUGAGUCGGCUACAUAGACAUGCUAGAAUCCACACUGAAAGUACUCACGCCUUUAUCGCGAACAUCAAAAGUGAAAAGAGUACCGAGAAAUUAAGUCAAAACAUACCGACGCAAGCACAACAGAAGCCUUUCAUGUGUGAAAUUUGUGGUAAAGGGUUAAAUACGAGACAAAGUUUAAAUACUCACUUGAAGGCACAUAGUGGUGAAAUGGACUUUGAAUGUGAUCACUGUGACGAGGCAUUUAGCCAGGGAUACCAGCUGAAAAAUCACAUCAUUCGGAUACAUACGAAAGAGAAAACACACAUGUGCAACAUCUGUGGUCAAAUGUAUUUUCUGAAAUAUGAUCUAACGCGUCACCUCAGGGUCAAACAUGCUGUAGGAAAGACGUACGGGUGCGACAUUUGUAAAAGGGGGUUUUCUAGAGAAGAAAGCUUACAGCUGCAUCGGAAGACACAUACAAGAGAACAUCCUUACCAGUGUGAUAUCUGUGGUAAGAAAUGUUCUUCGUCAGGUCACCUGAAGGAUCACCUGAGGACGCAUCAAGAAGAGAAGGCUUACAAUUCUGAUGUGGGGGAGCCACACAAGUGUGAUGUUUGUGGUAAGACAUUUUUAUACAUUGCAAGCCUAAGGAUCCACUCUCGGAUUCAUACAGAAGAGAAGACGCAUGAAUGUAAGGUGUGUGGUAAGAAGUUUGGAUGUUUGAUUCAUCUACAGAGACAUGGUAUCAUUCAUACAGAUAAAACACACAAGUGUGAUGUCUGUGGUAAGAUUUUUAAACAGCUACAACACCUACAGAAACAUCUAAUAAUUCAUCAAGAAAAUGUGUACAAAUGUGAUGUCUGUAAAAAAAAGUUUAGAACAGCACAAAAUUUAAGUGAUCACAAAAGAACACAUACAGAGAAGAAUCCACUGAGGUGUGAUGUUUGUAGUAAGACAUUUUUUACCAUGCGGGUUCUUCAGAUACACACCCGGAUACAUACAGGAGAGAGGCCACACAAUUGUGAUGUGUGCGGUAAGGCGUUUAGGCUUUUGAGUUCGCUACAUAGACAUGCUAUCAUUCAUACAGACAAAGGACAGAAGUGUGAUGUCUGUGGUAAGGAUUUCAAACACCAAGAAACCCUGCAGAAACAUUUAAUGAUUCAUAAAGAAAAAGCGUACAAAUGUGAUGUCUGUAAAAAAAUGUUGAGAACAGCAGAAAGCUUAAGUAAUCACCAAAAGACACAUAGAGAAGAGAAUCAACUGAGAUGUGAUAUUUGUGGUAAGAUAUUUUUUAAAAUGAGUGUCCUUCAGAUACAUAUUCGAAUGCAUACAGGAGAGAAGCCACACAAGUGUAAUGUCUGUGGUAAGUCGUUUGCACAGUCAGGAAACCUCAAGAAACAUAUGAGAAUGCAUAUAUAAGACAAUUGUGAUGUGAAGUAAAGCGUGUAGGCUGUAGACAUUUUAAAUUCACCCAGAAAGCAUACCUGGAUCUGAUAAAAUCGACAAGAUGACGCAUACUGGAGAGAAAACGAGGCCAUGUAAGCGUGAAAUUUGUGCUAAUGAUGCUAGGGUACCUAAACACACGCCUUCACACACAAACAGGGCGAGGUCCUAAGUAUGACCUAACCUAUACCAGCGAGCCAUACCCGCCACCGGCAAGCCUUACCGUCACACGAGCGAACCUCGCCCUCAUACCGGCGGUCAAACCCUGACAUCGUAGAUCCUUAUACUCACACCGCCGACCUUUACUCUCACACCGAUAAGUCAUGCCCUCACAUCGCCGUGUACAGGCUGAUGCAGUAAGGACGUCAGUAACAACUUCAACAACCAAACUGCUUCAACUAUUCUUAUGAAACAUAUAUGCGUUCCAGAUGACACUGAGGCUCUUCAAAGGAUGGGUGUCUCAUUAGAAGGUCACGGCUCGUGCACCCAUGCUUCGAGCCUGGUCGACUUGUCAAUCUCAAGUUGCAUGAGGUUUAAUAAGAGCAUUUGAUCAUUUUGAAUUGUAAUGCGCUUUUUCAUUUGCUUGAUUAUUUCGUUGAUCAAGUUAUCGUGCAUAUGUUGAUGACGCGAAACACAAUGGUUUUGGCAUUUUUUCGCAUCGUCGUCCGCUACUUUUUUGCCGACCAUUGAUAAGCCAUUUUUCUAGGGAAAAUUCGAUCAGCAUCACUUGUACAUAUAUUUGGAGUCAAAACCAGAUACAAAUAUCGCAUUGCCGUGGUAUGACGAUUGUUAGAUGAUUAUCGUUGUCCUGGUAGGACGAUUGUUAUACAAAUGUCACUUUGUCCUGGUAGGACGAUUGUUAAGACGAAUGUUACAUUGUCCUGGUAGGAGAUUGUUAUACAAAUGUCACUUUGUCCUGGUAGGAGAUUGUUAAGACGAAUGUCACAUUCGCCACAUUGCCCUGGUAGGACGAUUGUCAGAUAAAUGUCACAUUGUCCCUGUAGGUCGAUUGUUAGACAAUUGUUAUACAAAUGUCACAUUGUCCUGGUAGGAGAUUGUUAAGACGAAUGUCACAUUCGCCACAUUGCCCUGGUAGGACGAUUGUCAGAUAAAUGUCACAUUGUCCCUGUAGGUCGAUUGUUAGACAAUUGUUAGACAAAUGUCACAUUGUCCUAGUAGGAGAUUGUUAAGACGAAUGUCACAUUCGCCACAUUGCCCUGGUAGGACGAUUGUCAGAUAAAUGUCACAUUGUCCCUGUAGGUCGAUUGUUAGACAAUUGUUAGACAAAUGUCACAUUGUCCUAGUAGGAGAUUGUUAAGACGAAUGUCACAUUCGCCACAUUGCCCUGGUAGGACGAUUGUCAGAUAAAUAUCACAUUGUCCCUGUAGGUCGAUUGUUAGACAAUUGUUAUACAAAUGUCACAUUGUCCUGGUAGGAGAUUGUUAAGACGAAUGUCACAUUCGCCACAUUGCCCUGGUAGGACGAUUGUCAGAUAAAUGUCACAUUGUCCCUGUAGGUCGAUUGUUAGACAAAUGUCACAUUGUCCUGGUAGGAGAUUGUUAAGACGAAUGUCACAUUCGCCACAUUGCCCUGGUAGGACGAUUGUCAGAUAAAUGUCACAUUGUCCCUGUAGGUCGAUUGUUAGACGAAUGUCACAUUGUCCUGGUAGGAGAUUGUUAAAUAAAUGUCACAUUGUCCCUGUAGGACGAUUGUUAGACAAUUAUACAAAUGUCACAUUGUCCUGGUAGGACGAUUGUUAGACAAUUGUUAUACAAAUGUCACAUUGUCCUGGUAGGAGAUUGUUAAGACGAAUGUUACAUUGUCCUGGUAGGAGAUUGUUAAGACGAAUGUCACAUUCGCCACAUUGCCCUUGUAGGACGAUUGUUAGAUAAAUGUCACAUUGUCCUGGUAGGACGAUUGCUAGACAAAUAUCUCAUUCGUCUUGUAGGACGAGUGUUAGACAACUGUCUCAUUGUCCUAGUAGGACGAAUGUCAUAUUGUUCUGAUAGGACGAGUGUUAGACAAAUGUCACAUUGUCCUGGUAGGACAUCGUCUUAACGGUCUCGUAUUUUAAUUGUUCAAGAAACCUUUGUCAUUAGGAUGAAACGACGUUAUAGCAACUAUACAAUUACGUGACAGAUAUAUCAAACCAUCGGGAUGAUAUUCUUGAUUGUCUUAGAAUAUCAUACAUAGGUUAAGAUAUUUCUCUGCCAACCCUAAAUGUAGUCACUCCGUCGUCGACGUCGGCGUUGGUUUUCCAAAUGUUAAAUUUUUGGUGCCAGUGUUGAAAGGCAUAUUAAUUUAUGGUAAUAUGGUCCCUGUGGGGGUCAAACUAUC